AUGUCUCCUUUACAUUUCAGCUUUUACUCCGCAUUCACAUUCAGCAGCCUAGGAUUAGCAUUUCACCGAACCCACCUUAUCUCCGCCCUUCUAUGUUUAGAGAGCAUAAUACUGUCUAUAUUUAUCCCUCUCUCAAUUUGAUCCAUCGAAAACCAAACCCCAUCAUUCACCCUUGUGCCAAUCCUAAUACUAGCUUUCUCAGCAUGCGAAGCUGGUACCGGCCUAGCCAUACUAGUAGCCUCAACCCGAACCCACGGCUCCGACCACUUACACAACCUCAACCUCCUACAAUGUUAA